AUGUUUCAUCAGCUCUACAUACGUUCACAAGAUCGUCAGUCACAGUUGUUUUUGUGGCGAGACAAUCCCAAUCAACCGAUGAAGACGUUGGUGAUGGAUGUCGCCACUUUCGGUUCAGCAUGUUCGCCUUGUUCAGCGCACUUUGUGAGGAACCUUAAUGCUGAAGAGCAUGCAGCGGUCUAUCCGAAAGCGACAAAGGCUAUACUGGAGAAUCAUUAUGUGGAUGAUUUCUUGGAUAGUUUUGAUACCGUGGAAGAAACUAUCAUGCAAGCGCUGGAUGUGCAGAAAAUCCACAAAAAAGCCGGUUUCGAACUACGGAACUGGUCAUCGAACUCGAACGAAGUCCUGAGACGGGUCGGGGAACCCAAUACCGAUACAGUGCGCAGCUUCAAGUUUGGGAAAGAUUGCGAUAUCAAAAGAGUUCUUAGUAUGGUAUGGCUCCCCAUGCGGGACGACUUCAGCUUCGCGAUCGCAUUCCGGCCCGACCUGUGUCCGUUGAUCGAAGGUAGUUCGAUUCCCACCAAAAGACAGUUACUUCGAGUCGUCAUGAGCGUUUUCGAUCCGCUUGGGCUGAUCGCAGCUAUAACAAUUCAUGGGAAAAUCUUAAUCCAAGACGUGUGGCGCGCAAAAAUUGGCUGGGAUGACCAAAUUCCGAAUAACCUUAUCAACCGUUACCUGACCCUGGAGCUCCACGUCUUCGUCGAUGCUAGCGAACAGGCAUAUGCAGCAGUCGCCUACUUCCGGAUAAUUGAUCGAGGAGACAUUCGAUGCUCGUUGGUAGCCGCAAAAGCGAAGGUUGCUCCUCUACAGCCGUUAACGAUACCACGAUUGGAACUUCAAGCAGCAGUCAUAGGGGUACGUUUGGCGGCAACUGUGAUCAAACAGCAUAGUAUACCCAUAACUCGCCGAGUCUUUUGGAGCGAUUCCAGUACCGUUCUCUCCUGGAUUCAGUCAGACCAACGCCGGUACAGCCAGUACGUGGCCUUUCGGGUCAACGAAGUGUUAAAUGAAACGAACGAAACCGAAUGGAGGUGGAUCAGCACACGGCUCAAUGUCGCAGAUGAAGCCACCAAGUGGAGCAAAAGGCCGUUGCUUGAACAAUCACAAGAACCGCUACCGCCACCAGAUACAUCUGAGGAGCUAAGACCGGUUUAUGUCCACAGAUACCUAGUCCUUAAAAGUUUGGUUGACUUCCGCCGGUUCUCGAAGUGGGAACGCCUACUAGGAGCGCUCAAAUACGUUCAUCGCUUUAUCUCACUAUGUAAGAAAGGAGUAAAUAGAGAUGCUUCAAUACAACGGGAUGCAGCUCGAGACGAGUUUCGUUUGGCAGAAAGAACAGCCUGGAAAAUCGCCCAGUACGAGGGAUUUCAAGAUGAAGUAAUUACUCUACGCCGAAACCUUGAAUUGCCGAGGGAUAAGCAGAAACCACUCGACAAAUCGAGCAGUAUCUUUAAAUCAUCGCCUGAGUUAGACGAGUUCGGAGUUUUGCGAAUGAAAAGUCGCCUGAAGGAAGCAGAAUUUCUUUCCUACGAUGCCAGGUUCCCCGUGGUUCUGCCAAGAGGACACUACAUAACCAACUUGAUCCUGGAUUGGUACCACAGACAGCAGGGUCACAGGAAUGGAGAAAUCGUUGUCAAUGAAGUUCGCCAGAAGUUUGCCAUUUCACGUCUGCGGGUCGAAGUACGUCAAACAGCGAAACGUUGCCAGUACUGUCGAGUUUCCAAAGCUACCCCAAAAGCUCCACGGAUGUCAGCACUUCCGGAGUCCAGGGUGACACCGUUUGUCAAACCCUUCACCUAUACUGGCGUCGAUUAUUUUGGCCCUUGCCUGAUUAAGAUUGGGAGAAGUGAUGUUAAAAGGUGGGUGGCGCUGUUCACAUGUUUGACAAUUCGUGCAGUCCACCUGGAAGUGGUAGCGAGCUUAACGACCGAUUCCUGUAAAAAAGCGAUACGAAGAUUUGUGGCUCGUCGAGGGGCACCACAGGAAAUAUUCAGCGACCAAGGCACGAACUUUGUUGGGUCAAAGCGGGAGUUUGAACGCGAGGUUGACCGAAUCAAUGGAUGUUUGGCGAGCACCUUCACGGAUACGACCACGCAAUGGCACCUGAACCCACCAGCCUCCCCACACAUAGGUGGAUGUUGGGAGCGAAUGGUGCGCUCGGUUAAGGAGGCGAUGAGCUGUUUAUCAUCCGCUAGGAAGCUGGAUGAAGAAUCGUUCGUAACUUUGGUGACUGAAGCGGAAGCAAUGGUCAACUCGAGACCUCUGACCUACAUUCCCCUGGAUACGUUUGAGCAGGAGUCGCUAACGCCGAAUCACUUCCUUCUGCUUAGCUCGAAGGGGAUAUGCCAGCCAGUAAAAGCACCUAUAGACGAGAAGGUAGCACUACGAAGCAGUUGGAACAUCGUUCAGCACAUGUUGGAUCAGUUUUGGAAACGGUGGAUCAGGGAGUACCUUCCGACUAUCUCCCGACGAACGAAAUGGUUUUCGGAAACAAGAGCAAUACGGGUGGGUGACUUGGUAGUGAUGGCUGAUGAUAAUACCAGAAAUAAGUGGGUAAGAGGACGGGUUUUGCAGGUUUUUCCAGCUAAGGAUGGCAGGAUUCGGAAAGCGCUUCUGCAGACAACUACGGGUACACUUGUACGACCAGUUUUGAAGCUCGCUCUGCUGGACGUAAUGGAUGGUAGUAUAGCUGAGGACAAGCAGCCAGCGAUACGGGUCGGGGAAUGUUCCAUGUAUCAGCAGGCCAAGGUACCGUCAUCUGUGAACUAG